AUGGGGCAAACUUGUAGCGUAAGCACCUGUUGUUCAAAAGAAGAAUUAUACACUGUAAGAAAUUCAAGCAAGUCUAUUGAGAUAUAAUCAAAAAAGUCAAAAGUUUCUCAUAAAAAGGAAUAAGAAUAAGAUAAAGUUGAAGGAACAAUAUUGAAAAUUAAAAGUGAUACUGUUUCUGAUGUGAUGGUAUCUUCUCAACAUAGCAAAAUUUCAAUUAAAAAAAUAGAGAAGAAUCUUACUACUUAAAUUUAGAGUUAGUAAAUUCAUCCACUUAUUUUAUAAACUAUUGGAAUGAAAGAGAGAUCUCAGCUUCCAGCAUUGCAAUUAUCCAAUGGGGCAACUUAUGAAGGAGAAUGGUUAAAUGGAAAGAGAGAUGGAUUUGGCAAGCAACAAUGGCCUGAUGGUUCAGUUUACGAAGGAGAUUGGAAGGAAGAUAGAUCAUGUGGGAAGGGAAAGCUGAUUCAUGCGGAUGGAGAUGUCUAUGAUGGUGAUUGGUUGGACGAUGCUGCAAAUGGUUUAGGAACCUAUAUUCAUCUUAAUGGAGCUAAAUAUUCAGGAGAAUGGUUGAAUGAUUAUCAACAUGGAAAGGGUACAGAGAUUUGGCCUGAUGGUGCUAGAUAUGAAGGUGAUUAUUAUUAUGGGAAAAAACAUGGAACAGGAAAAUUGAAUUUUGCUGAUGGCUCCUGUUAUUAAGGUGAUUUUAGAGAUAAUGAAAUUUAAGGAUUUGGACAGUAUUUAUGGCCAGAUAGUAGAUUUUAUGUUGGUUAAUGGAGUAAAAAUAAAAUGCAUGGAUUUGGUGAAAUAAAAUGGGCGGACGGUAGAAGGUAUAAAGGACAAUAUAAAGAGGACAAGAAACAUGGAAAAGGAACUUUUUAUUGGGAUGAUGGGAAAAAAUAUAUUGGAACUUGGGUGAAAGGUAAAUAAAGUGGUGUAGGCAUAUAUUAUUAAUCGGAUAAUUCUUUCAAAAUAGGGGAAUGGAACGAUGGAAAAAGAAUUAAGUGGUACAAUUAGUCUGAAAUCGAAGAAUUACAAAGUUAAGGUAUUCUUGAUGAUCUUAGAAAUUAAUGA